AAGAGAGUUAAGCUAAGGUUGAGUUGUUUAUAUUUAUUGAGAAAAAAAGUUUCCGUUCUUUAUCUCUUAUGCGACUCUUCCGUCUCCCCUAAGUUCUUUCUCCAUAUAUUUCGAAAACCCUUUGAUUCAUUCUCUUAUUGAAUUGAAUUAUCAGCAGAAAAAGUAGCAUAGAAUAGAAUCACUUCAAAUUCAAAUAAUAAAAACAAAAAUAGCAAUUUUAUUUAUUUAAAAAAUAAAAAGAAAGAAAAUGUCUUGGCUCUUCAAGUCCAACCACCCUAACCCAGAAUCUUCCAAUCAUCACCCCGCCGUCAUCAACUCCUCUCCGCCGCCCUCCACCGCCGUUGAUCACGGCGUCAAAGAAGACCUAUCACUGAUUUUCCGUGGCGUCGCCAACUUCCUCGCUCCACCUCCUACAUCUUCAUCUUCUCCCUCCUCUCCCUCCGGUGAGUCCACCGCACCUUCGAAAACUCUCACCGGAAUCCGGAACGAUCUCGUGGAGAUCGGAGGAAGUUUCAGAACCUCACUCUCACUUCUCUCCCCGAGAAAAGCCGUUACCGGAAUCUCCAAGUUAGCUUCUCAAUUAUUGCAGUCCGAGUCCGAUCAUGAAGAGGUUGACGGUGGCGCUGUGCCUGGAACAACGGAGGAUGUUGUUCGUUUCGUGAAGGAAAUUUCUACUCGGCCGGAGUGUUGGACUGAGUUCCCCUUUCCGCUCCAUAAUGCAGAUUGCAGCCUGUCCAAUUCUCAGAGAGAGCACGCACUAGCUAUAGAACAACUGGUGCCUGAGUUUGUUACACUUAGAAUGAACCUUUGCAGUUACAUGAAUGUGGAAAAGUUUUGGAUGAUCUAUUUUUUAUUAAUACUUCCAAGACUUAAUCAGCAUGACUUCGAGUGCCUAUCGACCCCAAAGAUUGUUCAAGCAAGAGAUGUUCUCCUACGGAAACUAGAAGAGAGGAACGAUACACAUGCUGGAGAAUGCGACAAAUCAGGUAUUAUGGAUACACAUCAAGAGGGUAGGGAAGACAGUGGAGCAGAAAGUAUCACAUUAGACCAAAACCAGAUAUUGGCCGAAACUACAAAUGCAAUAAAGGGUUUAGAAAUUGAUGACACGACAAAUAGUGAAAAAUGGCUGACAGAUACAGAUAUUGAUGCUACUUCAUUGACUUCCGGUACAAAGCAUCAACCAGAAGAAGACAUCUCAUUCAGUGACUUGGAAGAAUAUGGAAGUUAUAGCUCUGAUAAUAAAUUAUCAAGCCAGCGGGAGGUUUUCAGAGGUUCAUCACCUGAAGGUUCGAGUGGCUGGGUUCAGCUAAGCGAAAACAAGAGGGGUGGCCGGCAGAAAGCUAUCCAUUUAAAAGGUAAAGAUUCUGAAGAUGAAUCAAAUGACUGGCUCGCCGUUGACGAGUUUCAUUAAAUAAAAGGUUUCUCUUUACUUGUAAAGGUACAGCAUUUAUUUUCCUUUUGGACUGCUCUGUAUUUAUAUUUAGGGGUUGCAAAUUCCUAUAAAUUAAAGCGUUUCUUAUGGUAUAAUUACAAUUUGAAAUUAAAAAGUUUCCAUCACCUGGUCA